AAAAUAGGGUUUCUGCGAGAAAGUUUUCUAGGAAAAGUUUUUCCGAGGAAAAGAUUUUGCGGAAUGGCUGGGCUUGGUGGCGUGUUUUUGCUAGGGAAACACAAGGUUGGGACGAAGGAGAUCGAAGCGGCCAAUUCGGUCCUUGUGUCUCCUCCCAAGCCACUUCUGAUUGCUUAUCCGUGUGAAGAAGGCCGAUACCCAACGAUGGUUUUCCUUCAUGGCUUUCUCCUUCAAAAUCAUUUCUACGAGAAAGUGCUUUAUCAUGUCGCUUCUCACGGCUUCAUCGUGGUGGCACCACAGCUCUACAAAAUUGCAGGACCUGAUUGCACUGAAGAGAUCAGGUCAGCAGCAGCCACAGUUGACUGGUUACCAGCAGGACUGCAGGCCAAACUACCAAAGGGGGUGCAGCCGGACUUCACAAGGCUUGCACUCGCCGGCCACAGCCGGGGAGGGAAGGUAGCCUUUGCCCUUUCACUGGGCCUAGAAGCCAAGGCCAGGCUGACCUUCUCUGCCCUGCUGGCCAUAGACCCGGUCGAUGGAACUGCCCCUGGUAGUCAAGUCGACCCACCGGUGCUGACCUACGUUCCGGACUCGCUAGACCCCAAGGCGCCCGUCUUGGUGGUCGGCACAGGCCUCGGCACUGAAAAGAAGGACCUUGUGCUCCCUGCCUGUGCUCCGGAGGGCGUCAACCAUGAAGAGUUCUUCAGAGACUGCAUGGCACCGGCUUUUCAUGCCGUGGCUAAGAACUACGGUCAUAUGGACAUGCUGGACGACAACGAACUGGUGGAGGGGGUUGCUCGUUGCCUGUGCGAGAGUGGGAAUGACAGAGAGCCCAUGAGGAGGUUCGUUGGUGGCAUCAUGGUUGCCUUCUCGAAGGCCUAUUUGUUGAAGGAAAAUGAUGAUCUGAAGCAGAUUCUUGAGAUGCCUGAUAAAGUUUCGCCGGUGGUUCUGACAAAUGUUGAACUUAAAGAGAAUUGAAUUGUUGCGAUCCCUUCUAUUAUUAGAAAAUGAGAGUUCGAUAAUGUUGGAAUAUAAUUGCAUUAGUGAUCAUGGUUGUUGACACAAACAUCUUUUCUCUCUGUGGCUGGUCAAUAUGCUUGAGAUGCUCGUCGGUGAUGAACUCUUCCAUUCCUCUUACAAGUUGGUUGUGCAAAACACCAAAUCUAAUACUCUUUUUUUUUUCUUUUUCUUUUGCAAGUACAUUAUCCAAUAAGCACAUCUAUCAAUUUGAACAAGCAUAUAAAAUUAUCACAUUCUUUUUUUCAAAUAAAAGAG